AUGGUGUACGAGGCAGCUGCGGCCGUUGCGGAGAGGGACCAAAGCCAGCAGCUGCGCAGCCGAGAAGACAAGGGUGUCGGAAGAAGCCAGCAGCGACAGGCGCCGGAGGAAGAGGAGAAGGUGGCGAUGCGGUGCGGCAUUCUCGGGAUCCUCAGAAGGGUCCUCCCGCUCUCCAAGGCAUCACCGUUGUCGUCGGAGAAGAAGUGA